AACAUAAAGUUCUCAUAAUCUAAUCCCCCAUAGAAACAAAGCCGGAGAUAAGAAAACAAACUAAUUGUUUCCAAAACAAACAUUAGAAUCAUUAACAAACAUACAGUUGUGAUGACUUGACCAAAAAAUAGUUACGUCCUCGUUAUCUCGUAUACUAACUUAUCACGUGUAUAAAAGAAGAAUUUUAAUAAUAAAGUAGACAGUCGAUAGUUUGUGGUACAAGAAGAUGGAUAAUUUAAUAUCGCCGGAGGGAAAAACUUUCCUAGUAACUGGAGGUGCUUCUGGAAUAGGGAAGCAUUGCGUCGAAACAUUUCUCAGAGAAGGAGCAAAGGCCGUUGCUAUUCUGGAUGUGCAAGUGGACGUGGGCCAGGAGGUAGUAAAACAAUUAAACGAAACCUAUCCUAAUAAAGUGAUAUUCAUUAAAUGCGAUGUUGGUGACGAGAAAGAAGUAACUGAAGCUUUUGAAAAAGUUAUUGGACAUUUCAAGCAGUUAGAUGUGGUUAUGAAUAAUGCUGGAAUAAUGGUCGACAGUCCAACUGGGUGGAGGAAAGCUUGUGACGUCAAUUGGCAAGGUCUUGUAUCCAGUACCUUAAAGGGUCUAAAACAUAUGCGACAAGAUGAAGGAGGUGUCGGUGGGACCAUCAUAAAUGUGUCAUCAAUCGCCGCACUGUACAAGUUCCGCUUUCUCGCAAUUUACAAUGGAUCCAAGAUGGCCGUUCUUCACUUCAGUCAAAGUCUUGCUUGCCCACCAUUCUUUGAGAAAACUGGUGUAAGGAUUCUGACAGUUUGCUUUGGAGCGACGGAGACUGCGCUGCUACAAGGACUGACAGAGAGAACUCUAGAUGAUUUGGGAGCUGAGGAAAUAGUUGCCAUCAGCACUCAGAUGAAACAUCAGAAGGUCGAAUCGGCUGCUGCAGGUGUACUCAAGAUGUUCAAAGAAGGCGCUAAUGGCUCCAUCUGGCUUUCAACCGACGACAAACCCGCAAAGGAUAUCACCCCAGUUGUCGACUCCGCGUUUAAAGAAUUUGAAAAAGCGUUUAUUUAAAUAUUAUAACAAUUUAUAUUCUCUUUAUAAAUGAAUAAGCACAGA